AUGGAUGUGAUCCGGAGCGUGAAGUCGCGCGUCCCACGUGGGAAGAAGGGACGAAAGGCGGCGGUGGAUGUCUAUGGCGAUUACGGCAACACUGGCCCCAAGGUUGACUCACCCGCGCCGGCUGUGAAGGAGCCAGCCCCGGCUCAAACCUCGCGGCCUGUGGACGAGGAUGACGUUGUAGAAGUGACCGGACAAGAUGGUGCAUCAACACCUGUGUGUCCGUCUGCCUCUAUGAAGAACCCCAUGCCCGCCCCAACAGGAAGCGAGUAUCAGUGCACUGGCAGCGUGAAGACCCCACCCAUCAACGAGCGCGGGCGGGUCGGUCAGGGGCGAGGGUCUCCACUCAUGGAUGGUGGCACGCCCACGCGCGCAACUGCAGUCCCCAACCCUGCCGUCACUCCUGAUGCGAUCAAGGACGACGCUGUUGGUGGACCAGGCGGGUCGUCAGGAGCUGCAGCGCCAGACGUGGGAGUCAUUUCUCAGCUCCUCCUCCAAGUGCUGGGAGGCGCCCGAUGUUCGGGUGAAGCCGCAUUUCCCGGGCUCAACACAAUGGGGCAAGGCGGUGCAGCGGCAGAGCUGAUCAAUGUUCUACAGAGGCUCCAGUCAGCAACUCUACCAGGAGAGGCCUCGAUGGGGAGGGAGAGAACACCACCCGCUACAACAAUAGCAGGGAACACUAACCCUGCUGCAACCCCAAAGUCUGCACGGGCCAGCAACGUUCGCGAUGCGGGUGCCCCCAUUGCUGUCGCUGAAGAAGGCAGGUCGCCACGCCGCGGCGUGGCGGGGGCGGCCACAGCAAAGGGCGACAGCUCUGGAGAACAGACAGGGGCCGGAGUUGGGGAGCUGACGAAGGAACUGAAUUGCGGGCUUUGGAAAAAUCCGCUCGAGCACGACAAGCUGGAAGAAGUAAAUGCCCGCGACUACGGAAACCAUAGCAGCCGGGGGACUAAGCGUGAACGUGCCAACGACUACGUUUCGGUGGUAGUUGACUUCGACCCGGACUGCAAGAACCGCCAACGCACCCCUGGACUACCGACCCCCGAGCAAAUUGGCUUCUACGGCAAGAUGGCAAUGGAUUACCUGCUCCGCAAGUGUCGUGCGCGUGGAGUGACAUAUUGGCCGAACAACACCAUGCGCUACUACGCAUUGAAGGUGGCGCUCCGGCGGGACUAUGAUGUGUGCUAUCAGGACGUGGCAAAGCUUAUGGAGGACAAGAACUACAGUUCGAAGAUCAACAAGCUGUGGGCGAAUUGGAGGACAGAUACCUCCACGGCAUCUCGGCGGUCGUUGAUCGACGCCCUGAAGAUCAAGGUGGAGGCUGACGGCAUCUUUAAGAUCGAGGUCCCCGUUUCAGUGAAGGAAACCCUCGUGAAGACGUAUGCUCCCAAGCAGAACGUUGGCCAGUCACUCCCCAACUGGAGCCAUGAGGAGGGGGACCGGAGGCCCUUCACAAGCAAGGAGUUCUUCGAGGCAUGCGUGGAAGCAUAUCCGGAGUGGCUGACGGAGGACUUCAUGGUUUUGGUGCCGUACCACAUAGCGUGGGUGAUGUACUCGGUGAGUCUGUCACCGCAUGUUGGUUAG